AGGUUCGCCAUGGUGCAGGCUACCGCCAGUCAGUUGAUUGAUGAAAUUUUCGAGUCAUUAGGAGUGUUUGGAAAAUAUCAAAUACUUCAAAUUAUUGUAGUAUUCACUCUAACAUGGCCGGCUGGAAACCAACUUUAUUCGAUUAUCUACAUAGGGUACCAGCCACCUUUACGAUGUCAUCACCCCGAGAAUUCCAGUCUGUAUACCAACGAUUCGUCAACCCGACCGUAUUAUGAAACAUGUAAACAAUUAUUUGAUGCUGAGAAUGGGACUUCCUGUCCAUAUGGUUACGAUUAUGGUCAUCCCAAAGAGGCAAGCAUUGUCUCAGAGUGGGAUCUCGUGUGCGGUGAUAGCUACCAGGCACAGCUUGCCCAGACGACACUCGUGAUUGGCCAGGCUGUAGGGGCCACUUUCUUCACGGCCAUAGCUGACAGAUUCGGCAGGAUGAGAGCUUGUAUCAUUAGCCAAUGGGCUAUGCUCGCCAUUUCCACUGGGUCCAUCUUCGCUUCCUCCCCAGCAGUUUACAUUUUCCUGAAGUUCCUUACUGGCGUAGCGCAGCAGGGCCAUGUAACAGCUUUCUUUGUGAUGCCUUUGGAAGUGUUACCAACAAGACAAAGGACGAUUCCCCAUCCCAUCAACAGCAUCGUAUGGGCCGUGUUUCUCUGUGUACAAGUGGGCUUUGCCUAUUUCCUGAAAGACUUCAGUUGGAGAUACCAUCAGGUCGCCAUCACCUUAACCACCGUUGUCACUUUGAUUCCCAAUAUGCUGUUACUGGACGAAUCUAUACGUUGGUUGUUUGCCAAUGAACGGAUAAAAGAGGUCAGGAAAAUCAUCGUAAAGGCAACAAAAAUGAACAAUGCCAAUCCCAAAGAAGUUGAAGCGAAAACAAAGGCCUGCAUUUUAGAGACAUCUGGAGAACUGCACACAAGAGUGGACGAAAAGGGGAGGGCGAUAAGCCCGAUUGAUGGUGAAGGGUUGGACGGAGAAAUACCUAAGACCCCUCCAAAACCGACGGACAAUGAAACUGAGGCUGAGCACAAGGGAACGCUGAAGGACAUCAUGAAAAAUCCUCGGCUACGCACGACAACUUUCAUCAUGUUCUUCGCUUGGAUUGUAAAUUCGCUCACAUCGUUUGGAUUGUCCUUGACGGCCUCAAAGUUAUCUGGGAAUCGUUUCCUCAACUACUUCCUGAUUGCGGUUGUACCUAUUCCAGCUGGCAUCACCUCCUAUUACACACUGGUCAAAUGGGGUAGAAGGACGACUUGCGUGAUUUUUCAUGCCAUUGCUGGGGUUGUUCUUAUAGCUGCUGUCUUAUUGGACACCUUCAUGGAUGACUCCGUGUCCGCCGCUGUGAUUACAUUGACUAUGACUGGAAGGUUUGCCAUCGCCGCCUCUUGGAACACACUGUUUCUCUACACGCCAGAGUUGUACCCGACAAAUCUCAGGAGUCUUGGUUUAGGAAUAUCUUCUUCGUCGUCCCGGUUAGGUGGUAUGCUGGCUCCAUUUUCCAACCUUGUGAUCGACUAUAUUCCCUGGCUUCCCGGAACCGUAUAUGGUAGUUCCUGUAUCCUCGUCUGUUUUCUCAUUCUCUAUCUGCCGGAGACGCUGAACCGGGAAUUGCCGCAGACUUUGGAUGAAAUCAAAGAAUGGAAUAGACUAGCAAAAGAGAAGGCAAAGCAGGAAAAGCUAAAGAAAAAAGGGAUUGACAUUGAGAAGAGCGAAGAUCACAGUAACAAAAGCGCUCUUGCCGAUAAAACGAAGCUCACAAGACUAUAAGACACCAUUUUCAGUCGUGAUGUAUUACGGGAAAGGAAUUUUCUCUCAGGAGAUGUAGUAUUGUGCAUUAUUAAUCAGCGGUAUUUACACGCAAAGUAAAAGCAGCAAAAUUAUUGGUAAAUGAGAGAAAUCAUGGAUUUUAAUUGACAUGGGACAAUGCACAUACUAGUAUAUGAGGCAGAUGCGCAGAUACCUGCUGACGUUAAGCAAUGCCUUUGCAAGUCUGAGUUUGUAAAAAUGGGCCCAUGUCUUAUACCACCAACCUGACAAAACAGUCCCCUAACUUAAUUUCCUUAAGUAUCAACUUUCCUGCGAAGCAAUCAUGCACCACCUGUUGCAAAGAUUUGCAAAAUUUGCUGUAAUGCUUUAUAUAGGCCUAAUUGUUUCUGAGAAGAAUGUGUUUGUAUCACGCGUUUACUUUAAAGUACGAUAUAUACUACUUUUUUUAUGGUUCGGGAAAAAAUUUCCAUGUCGACAUAUCUUAUGAGGAAAUCGGAAAUGUACAUACAUGUAUACGUUUUACUGGCAACGCACUGAUAGCUUUAAACUCUGACAUAUAUUGUGACAUAAUUCCUAAUACC